AUGCAUCAAGUUGUUGAACAUGCUAUUUAUGUGCUGAAAUGUUAUAAAGGGGCCCGGCGACUAUUAAGGCAACAAGUGCGAGAUUUCUACAAAUGGAAGCCACCGGAUCCUGAUGUUUUGAAAUUAAAUGUUGAUGGAGCUGUUUUUGAAGAGAUGGGGAGAGCUGGUAUAGGUGCAAUCUUGAGACACAGUUCGGGCCGAGUGUUGAUGGCUGUAAUCUCAUUAGAAGAUGUUGUUGCUGAACCUAUACAGGUGGAGUUGUUGGCCCUUCUACGUGGCCUUCAAUUCUGUGUAAGCUUGGGAAUAGAAAAGAUCCAGGUAGAGAGUGAUUGCUCCCUAGCCAUAGAAGCAUUACAUCAAGGUAACAUAGACAUCUCCAAAUUUGGUGGUAUUUAUUUUGAGAUUAAAGAGUUGGCUUCUCAUUUUGGGGAUUGUAUGUUUAGAUAUGUUUAUAGAGAGACUAAUGAAGUUGCUCAUUAUCUUGCUAAGUAUGCAAGGAAUGUUGGUAGAAUCAACAUGUGGUGGGAUUGUAUUCCGAACUUUUUAUCUCAAACCUUGUGGUUUGAUUUAUAUCUGUAA